UGGUUCUGGGCCGGCUGCGCUCUCCUUUCGUCCCUGGCUUCGUCGACGAGCCCGGCAGUUCUAGGAGCUCCAGGGCGAUGGGGGUUUUCUUCGCGGCAUUUCGUAAGUUCGAGACUGUUUUCGGGGCCACGGAGUCGUCGUCGAUGAGUUCAUGUGGACUAUGAAUUUGUGUUGUUGCUCCAGAAGCUGGUGGAAAGGGAAUGGUGACUGCUGACGUCUUGUGCGCUCGAUUGAUCUGUGAGCUAGCUUGGCAUGCGGUCAGGGCUAAAUCCGCUGGGCGGGCGCUAAAGAAGUGAGGAGCAAUGCGGAGGAGGGAUUUGGGAAUCCUGAUUCUUUGUGCGUUUGCCAUCUUCUUCUCUCUUCAGCAUGAAGGAGGGUUCUCCUACCGGGAAGCAUGGUUUCACUCAUUAGAUGAAUCUUAUCCAAUCAAACACGAAGCAGAGCGCCUUCCUCCACCUAUAGUGACCGAUCUCAAUGGGGAUGGCAAGAAGGAAAUCCUGGUCGCCACGCAUGAUGCUAAAAUACAGAUAUUGGAGCCUGGUUACACAAAGGGAGACCAAAACUUCGUCGAGGCUGUUGUUAAAGCAGAGGUUUCUCUUCUGCCAGAAAGGGUUCGAGUAUCAGCUGGCAGGAGACCCGUGGCAAUGGCCACAGGAGUUGUUAUUCGACAUUUAAGGCCUGGAGAAACAAGCAAAGAGGUUCUUGUUGUGGUAACGGCUGGCUGGUCCAUUUUAUGCUUUGACCACAAUUUGAAGAAGCUUUGGGAGGCUGAUGUCAGGGAGGACUUUCCUCACGCUGCCCAUCACAAAGAAGUGUCUAUCAUUGUAACCAACUACACAUUAAGGCAUAGUGAUUCAGGUCUUGUUAUCAUUGGUGGCAGUAUGGAGGUUCAACCACAGCUACAUCUUGAUCCUUUUGAGGAAGAGCUGGUCGCUGAGAAAGAAGCAGAACGCCAUCGUCAUGCAGCUGGCAACUCUGAUGUCCAAGAAGAUGUGAGCGCCGGAAAAGCCUGGGAUAGAACUCGGCAUUUCUCUUACUACGCGUUCGCUGGCUACACCGGUCAGAAACGCUGGUCUCACAAGAGUGAGGACUUUCACCGUGUACCAACAGGUGUUAAUGAAGUUGUUCCGCAACAUAAUUACAAGUUAGACGCAAGUGCCCUCAAUGCCCGACACCUUGGCGAGGUUGAAUGCAGGGAGUUUAGAGAGUCUGUGCUCAGUGUCAUGCCUCACCGCUGGGAAAGAAGAGAGGAUACACGUUUUGAACUUUCUCAUUUUCGGAAGCAUAAACGUAAGACAGUAAAGAAACAAACGGGUAAAGCAAAUGCGCACCCUUCUCAGAAACCAGAGGAGAAGAAUGUGCCUGGCAAAGAUUUGACUAACAAAGUCAUUGCUGGGUUGGGCAAAGCUACUGAUAAAUUAGCAAUGGCGACAAAACAUAGAAGUAGGAGCCUAUACGUUCCAAUCAUCACAAAUCACACUUCCCACUACUGGUGGAUGCCGAAUGUUGUGGUUGCACAUCUCAGCGAGGGAAUCGAAGCAGUUCAUUUGGCAACUGGUCGGACAGUUUGUAAAUUGCUACUUGCCGCAGGAGGAUUACAUGCUGAUAUCAACGGAGAUGGAGUUCUGGAUCACGUCCAGGCAUUUGGCGGCAAUGGAGCAAGGCGAGACAUGCCCACUGGAAUGAUGGAACCUGUGAAGCCAUGUUGGGCUGUCGCAACUUCAGGGGUACCGGUGCGUGAAUAUUUGUUCAACGGUUCCAUCUGCAGACAUUCUCCUUACAAUAGCUUCCAGCCAGGAGAUUUUGGCCGUUCGUGGGGACGAACAACCAACACAGCACCAUUGGAGGUUGCCACACCUAUCCUCAUACCAAGACAAGAUGGUCACCGCCAUAGAAAGGGGAGCUUCGGUGAUGUAGUUUUCCUCACUAGUCGGGGAGAGGUAACGUCAUUCAGCAUCAAAGCUGGACAUGGACAAGAAGCCAGGCGUAUGUGGCAAAUCGUUACAGGGGCAUCCUGGGCGAAUCAUGUGACACCUUCUGGUUUGGACGCUAAUAAGAUCGUUCCAACGCUGGCCGCAUUACCUCUACGGAAAGGUGCCGAACCCGAGGCUAUCCUUGCGGUGGGUGAGAUGGAAGCUGUCGUUCUUCAUCCGGAUGGUACCAGGCUGGCCUCUUUCUUGUUACCUGAACCUCCGAGUUCACCAAUAAUUUUUGCAGAUUUUUCAUCUGACGGUUUGAAUGAUCUGAUACUUGUAACAAAUGGCGCAAUAUAUGGUUACGUUCAAAGCCGUCAUCCUGGAGCAGUGCUGUUCAGUUCCCUCGUAGGUCUGCUCAUUGUGGUCAUGGCUGUCAUAGUAAUUACACAGCACCUCAACGGCCCCAAAGGAAAGCCUAGGGUACCAGAUAGAUAACUGACUGCUAAAUUUUACACUAUGUCAUCUAACAUUUUGUGUUGAGAUCAGCCUUUAAACGCGGCUUAAUCAUUCCAGUCAUCUGUGUACAUUAGCUAGCCUGAUAUUUCUUGUACAAUUGGAUGCACGUUGUCAAUUUUAUGAUCAUUGGUGCACCAUCUUACAUGCGGUACUAGGCCCUCUA